AGGCAGAGUACAGAGCGCCAUGGGCAUUAGUAGUUGGCGAUGAACCACAUCCCGUGCCGUUUUCAAUCAGCCAUAUAAUUGUUUUAUUGGUCAAGUUUUUCUAUACGUCGUAAUAUAUUGUAUCCUUGGUUGUUUGUUGUCAGCAGCUCGAAAGGAACCGAAUGUUGGGAGACAAGGCUCAAGGUGUCUCAUUGAAGGUAAUGGAAUACACAUAUGACGAAGAUUUGGAAGAACUCUGUCCUGUUUGUGGAGACAAGGUCUCUGGAUACCAUUACGGGCUCCUCACCUGUGAGAGUUGUAAGGGUUUCUUCAAGAGGACUGUCCAAAAUAACAAGAGGUACACAUGUUCGGAAAAUCAAGAGUGCAAAAUAGACAAAACGCAACGAAAGAGAUGUCCCUUCUGUCGAUUUCAGAAAUGCCUGAAUGUUGGAAUGAGAUUAGAAGCGGUUCGUGCGGACCGCAUGCGUGGGGGCAGGAAUAAAUUUGGCCCCAUGUACAAGCGAGAUAGAGCCUUAAAGCAGCAGAAGAAAGCUUUGAUACGUUCCAACGGCUUCAAGCUGGAGUCGGCUCCGCCAGCGGUCUCCCCCAUACAGACUAACUAUGGGUUCACAGGCACCCUGCAUGGCCUCCCCACCAUCUCCAAAGGCCUCCUGUCCUCCACUCCAACCUCCAUCAGCCCCACAGACUAUGAGACUAACCUCUACAUACCCCCGUCCCUGGGUUUGGCCAUGCAGACCCACGGGCCUUUGCCCAACCAGUACCAGUACCCAUCCUACCCCAGCAGGCCCAUCAAGUCCGAGUGCACUGACCACUACACCAGCUCCCCAGAGUCUCUGAUCGGCUACCCCUUCCAGGAUGUCUACCCUUCUGGCUCCCCCCCCAGUGUGCCUCCCCUGGUGAUGGAGCUGCUCCGCUGUGACCCAGACGAGCUGGCCGUCCAGAGCAAGAUCGUGGCCCACCUGCAGCAGGAGCAGAGCGGGCGCGGGCGUCAGGAGAAGCCCAGCACCUUCAGCCUGAUGUGCCGCAUGGCAGACCAGACUCUCUUCUCCAUCGUGGAGUGGGCCAGGAGCUGCAUCUUUUUCAAGGAGCUGAAGGUGGGUGACCAGAUGAAACUGCUCCAUAACUGCUGGUCUGAGCUUCUGGUCCUAGAUCACAUCUUCAGACAGGUGCACCAUGGGAAGGAUGACAGCCUUCUGUUGGUCACUGGCCAGGAGAUGGAGCUGUCCAUCAUCCAGUCCCAGGUUGAGAUGACCCUGUCAGGCCUCAUCCAGAGGGGGCAGGAGCUGGCUGGCAGACUGCAGGCCCUGCAGGUGGACCGCCGAGAGAUAGCCUGCCUCAAGUUCCUCCUCCUCUUCAACCCCAACGUGAAGCUCUUGGAGAACCAGGCGUUCGUGGAGGGCGUCCAGGAGCAGGUGAACGGAGCGCUGCUGGAGUACACCCUGUGCUCCUACCCUCAGUUCCUGGACAAGUACGGCGAGCUAGGCCUACGCCUGCCCGAGCUCCGAGCCCUCAGCACCCAGGCGGAGGACUACCUGUGCUACAUGCACCUGAGCGGGGAGGUGCCCUGCAACAACCUGCUCAUAGAAAUGCUGCAUGCCAAGAGGGCCUGUGUGUGAGGGGCACUCCACAGUGUGUGUGUGUGUGUGUGUGUGUGAUGGUACAUGUGUGUGAGGGAGAGAGAGAAAGUGACAGAGAGCAUUAGAGAGUAAUGCAGUACACAUUGAAGAGGAUGUGUAUCAUUCCGACAGAGAAGGAAUGUUUGUGUGUGUGUGUGUGUGUGUGUGUGUGAGAGAGAGAGAGAGAGAUAGAGUGAAAGAGAGACCAAGAGCGAGAGAGAGUGAGCGUUGUCCCUCUCCAGAGUUAAGAUAGAUUCACUCAAGCUACACUGUAUGUGCAUGUACAGUGCAUGUACAUUUUUCAACUUGUGUUAAUUGUGAAUGUCCCAUCCAAAGCUGUAUGAGAUAAUCACUACAUUUACCUUUUCACUUGUUAUCUUGUCAAUUCUAAGCAACAUUACCAAAAAUUACAUGUGGGGGAAAAAAAAUAUAUCACAUGCUCAAUAUAAUUUAGUUUUAUCUAUUUAGACAUUUUCAAUAUGUUAAUAUAUAAAUGAAAGCUACAUAUUUAGUUUGAGUCACAGUUAUGGAGUUUGGCUGAGGAAGUGAAGCGGAUGAAAGAGAGAGAUAGAUGGAGAGAGAGAGGGAGAGAGAGAGAGGGAGAAAGGGAGAGGGAGAGAGAGAGAGAGAGAUAGACUAUUGUGGCACUGAUGGGUGGGAGAGACUGUCAAGAACCCAUCUGUCGGAGCAGGCGUCAUCUAAAAGGAGGGAGGAGGCGAGGGGAGCCCAGGAAGAGACACGCCCACAAAAUGUGAGAGGGAGGAUGAAGUGAACAACACAGGCGUUUUCUUAUUAGACGAAAACACACACACCCACACCCACACACACACACACACACUAAUAGUUAUUUGUAAGUGCAUGUCCUUCAGAUUUCACCAAGGAGCCACCCAGCCUGUCUUCAGAGGCUGGUC